GACAUGAUCUGCGUCGUUACCCGAGAAAGAUAAAGAGACACCACAGUGCGACAUGGGCCCCGAUUCAUCGGUUGCCAAACGGUGACCGGAGUACAGAACGAAGGCCGUAAAGGUUGCGUACGUAAAGAUCACGAAACGAAAUCGUUUCGGACCUCAGAGUUGCCAUCCAAAACCAAAUCGAAAGGCCCACGCAAAAUCCGCUCCAGAAAAUAACACACGCGAGUCAGAAACUUAGAUAUCGGCGAUAGUUAGCAAGACGUUGUGGAUGGAGCUAUUUUUUCACUUCAGCCCCUGAAAGGUGACCAGAAUCCCAACGAACAUGAAACCCAAAACAACAAUACUCCACCAAUAUCUUUUGGUUAAUUGCAUCUCAAUUUAAUUAUGUGUUCUCAUCACAUAUUAUCAUUUCUUAUAUGCGUCGUUUCUCCAAUGUUUCGAAUGCUGGAGCCAAAAUAACCGGGAUGGAUGGCUAAAGCACAAGGGUUGUUCUUGGAAAUAUCUUAUAGUACAAGGAUUGAGAUGCAAAAUAGAUGAUUUUUGGAACUCUAAUUAUGUCUUUUGGAAGAGAAUUAAUUAUAUAGGGCGUGGUCUUCCCCUCCGAGCUCUCCUCGGUGUUUCUUUUUUACUCCGCAGCGCAGUGGCCGGCCACCUCUUUCCUCCUUGCCCGCUCCACCGCCUCCGUUGUCAGGAACCGCUGGGCUCCGGAGAAGGACCGAUCCAUGGAGACCGCUGCGUCGAGAUCCAGCAGGGGCUUUGACGAAGAUGACGACGAUGAUCAGGAGUUCGGGAAGAGAGAUGGUUCCUCCUUCCACAGAGAUUUGACUACUAGGGUGGAUGGAAAGGGAAGCGGCACUGAUGAGCUGCCCGCUACCCCUAAAUCAAAGCAUUCGGCCAUGGAGCAGCGGAGAAGAAACAAAAUCAAUGACAGAUUUCAGAUACUUAGGGAACUCAUACCUCACAGCGAUCAGAAGAGAGAUAAAGCAUCAUUCCUUUUGGAGGUCAUUGAAUACAUCCGGUUUUUACAAGAGAAAGCUCAAAAGUCUGAGUCUUCUUACCCAGGAUGGAAUCAGGAUAAUGCCAAGUUAAUGCCUUGGGUAAAAGUCUAUUACAGGUCUUUUUGGAAAAAUGCACAGAAUAACAAUCAAAUCCCUGUAGAUGGUCUAUCUGACCCUUCUCCAGUCAUAAGAAAUGGUUCUGCUCCUCCUGCAUCUGCCUUCUCUGGACAGUUCGAUGAGAGUAACAUUCCAGUUGCACCUGUAAUGCUCUCAAAUGCACAGAAUCCGACAGAAUCUGAUGUGACAGCUGGUCUUUCCUACAAGAUAAUGGAAACUGCUACAGGUUUUGCCAAUAGUAUGCCAUCCCAGGCUCAGUCACAUUGGUUGGGAGCAUCCAGCCCUGCUGAUUGUGCUGUAAAUAAUGAGAUCUUGAAUGAGCAUGAAGAGUUGAUAAUCGAUGAGGGCACAAUUAAUGCAUCUGCUACCUACUCGCAAGGGCUUUUGACGACACUAACUCAAUCAUUGCAAAGUUCUGGCGUAGAUCUGUCUCAAGCCAGUAUUUCUGUACAGAUCAAUCUUGGUAAGCGUGCAACUAAUAAGAGAGCUGGUGCCACUUCUGCAUUGUCCAACUCCAAGAAUCCAGAUGACCCUGCACCAACAAAUCAAGCAGGUGGUCACUCCAUGAUGAGGAACAUCAGUGAAGAAUCUUCACAAGCAACCAAGAGACACAAAGCAGAUAACUAGUGCUUCCUUUGUUUGUCAGUACAUUGAUGAACCCUUGAGAUGAAUGUAUAUUCUGAUCAUCCUUCGAGGUCUUACCGUUGGCAUAUUAACAUCAUUCAAGUACUACUAUAUCCUGUGAAGAGGCUUCCAUUGCCAUAUUAAGCUGUGUUUCAUUUAUAGGCUUCCUUUCAUUAAGGUUUGUAUUCUCCAAGAAUUUCUGUUGUAAAUUAACCACAGAUAAUUCCAUCUCAUUGGUAGUGUAUCCACAAUUUCUGGA